GAGAUGGACUGGGGAUCUGUCCAAUGACCACUGGAGAAAGGCACCAACCCCUUGUGACCAUGAAAGAAAGUAAGCGGUGUAGAACAACUUGGUGCACAUUUUACAGAAGAAUCUAGAACUGGAUCAUCUAAUAAGGUGGUGUGAAGCAAUGUCUCCCUUCAAGUUUGUCAUUAAGUGUGGGAACUUUGCUGUGCUGGUGGAUCUACAUGUUUUGCCCCUGGGGAGCCCCGAGUCCACCAGCUGGUUUACCACAGACCAAGUUGAGGAGGUUGCAUCCCUUGUUCGCGAACCAGUGGACCAGAGGGUUAAGCAAUAUGAAGAGGUUCUGCAUGUUAGAAGACGAGCUAAACAGAAGAAGGAGUUGGUCCCUGCUUCGGCCUUCUUUGUGAGAGGGGGAAACUUCAACCUUGUGGCAAAUUUCCUGAGGCGGCACUCCUAUCUCAGAUGUGUUGUCGAGCAGGAUUUGCGUUUGUUUCCUGAGCGAUAUGUCGUGUGUGUGAGCUGCCCAGAAGAUGCCUCGGUGCACCAUGGAAACCCGAGCCUGGCCGCGACUGAGCUGAGUGAGCAAACCAGAUCAGAAUAUUUUUCCAGUGUGGGAGAAACCCGAGAGCUUUUACACAACCAGAGAAAAACAAAGAAGUCUGUGCUUCAAACGAUAGCCAAACAAGCCUGUGUCCAUCAAGAGAUCUGUGGUUCCACGACUGAGAUGCAGCCGAUGGAGCGGAGUGGCUUUCCCAAAAAACAGGGACUUGAAGGUAAAGCUGAGGAGGCAGAAUUGAGGCCAGAGACCGUGCCCAGGUCUGAACUGAACGCACCCCUGGAGGCAAACCACAAGGUGCCUUGCAGCGAUGCCUUAAUUGAACUUGAGGCUGAGGUACGGUCUUCUCAAAGGCGGAAACACGAGGCAGAGAGUGAAAUAACACAGAAGACCAGCAAGAGGUGCGAGCCCAGGGAAGAUCCUGGCUCGCAGCUGGCCAAGAAAACGUGCCUUGGAAGCUGUUCAGCCCCAGCGCAAAUCCACUCCACCUCGCAAACACCCAACCAUAACCUCCCUCUCCUGCUGCCACUUCCUCCAGUCGGAGCGAUGGCAAACUCCAAGGCUUUCCCUGUCUCCGAGUGCAAGAAAACCACACUGGAAGUAGAGCUGCUUACUCCAGGGAAACAGGCCCAGAGGCUCCUCCUCGCAAGCAAUAACACAGCAAAGACAAACCAAAACAGGCCAGCCGCAAGUCUGAGGGGCCUAUCUGUCAAGCCCGCAUCUUCGGGCUCCUCUAUUGGUUCCAGAUCCACGUUUGGAGAAGAGGGGAGUGAAAACGUGCCCAGAACCUCGAGAUUACGACGAACGAAGAGGUCCUGAGAGGGAGAGGAAAGCUGAAGUAAAGAUCCCUGACGCCACGGAGAUACAGAUUUUAUUCUGUUGGGCUGCAAGCUUGCAGCUCAUGUGGUCUCUUUAGUCGGCUUUACUUGUUAUUCUUAACAUGUUGUUCUUGUGACUCGCAUCAAAUGCUAACUGCUUUGUGUCAGUUCAGACUUGAGUGUUAUUGUUUUCUCUUGACAAAUACCCAAAACAGGCCGGUGCCUCUCCCAUUUUUAGUAGCGGCGAUCCAGAGAUUUCUGCAAAUGGAAGUAGAAAACCUUUAUUAGAGAAUAGAUUUUGGUUUUAUGUUAAAGAUCAGGGAUUUGAGACAGGCAGGAGCCGUGCAGUACGUCAUGGCUUUCAGUCUGAAGCGCUGGCUCCUACGCGUCUGAAAAGUGUCCAGUAUCCCCGCUGAAGCUCUGAUGUGAUUGAUGGUAGUUUCCAGACUUAUUUCAUCGCCUCAUUCUUAUUUUGGUUUGACUUCAGUCACUUACAUUUAACCUCCUGAGCAACUGAAGGCGGUACAUUGUAAAAGUAUUCACACCCCUUGAGCUUUUUCACAUUUUUUUAUGAUGUGUUUUGUCGGGAUUUUAUAUGAUAGACCAACAUAAAGUAAGACUGUGAAGUUACAGGA